AUGUCAAGAAAUUCUAAAAUGCCUGCUGAGAUUGAUGUCAAAACAAAUGAUUUUUUUAAAAAAAGAGAUAUAAAUAUUUAUCGUAGUGAUGUUAUUAAAAAUUAUAAACUGGAUAAUGUAGAUAAUUCUACAAAUUUCACACAACUUCCUACAAAAGACAAAGAAUAUAUUACAAAUUUUUGUAAGAAACAAUUUGAGCUUGAAUUAUCAAAUUCAUAUUUUCACUGUUUUAAAGUUAAAAACUACACUAUUAUCCACAAAAAUAUAAAUCCUAAAAUAUUUGAAGUAUUAGAUGUAAUCAAUCAUAAAAUAAAACAUUUGCUAGAAAUGCCUAAUAAAGAUAAUCUUGAUGAGCUUAAAAAUCUAUUUAGAGUGGAUGACAAGGGACUUGAUAUUUCUGAUGCAGAUUUUGAAAAUAAAAAAUUAUCACAGCUUUGUACGUUAGUAAAAAAAUAUAUACUUAACAAUUUAGAUGGUCUUUUUGAUAAUCGCAUAAGCAUGAAGUUAUUAAGAUCUUACAAAUAUAACAAAGUUAAUUAUGGUAUAUUAAUUUCUUAUGUGCCUUUUAUCUUAAGCCAUGAUGAAUUAAAAUUAUUAGAAAGUCUUUUAAGUUUAUUUUUGAUUAUAGACAAACACAAAGAAUAUACACAUAUGACUAUUACAGGUCUCAUUAGACUUUUUAGCUUGGUGUUAUUUGAUAGCAAAUGUUUUACAUCAUUAGAAACUUUAUUGUAUUUAGAAAAUAUUCUUAUUGAUAUUUUUAGAUUGGAUUUUAGCAGAAUUCCUAAGACAUUAGUAAAAAGAAUAUUUAAAUGUGUUUAA